AUGCUUCAACAAAAAUUUGAACAGUUGAGAAUAGAAUUGAAAUCGAUUUUCAACGAAGUAGAAAAUUUGAAAAAAGAUAUAGAGAUAAUAAUUAAAAAAGAUAUAGAGAUAAUAAUUAAUAAUAAAUUGAAAGAAUUCAACGAGAUUAAUAAUAACAAUUUUGAAAUUUUGAAAAUGGAAAUAUUAAAGAUCAUCGAUAAAGAGUUGAUUGAAUAUAAAAUAAUUGUUAAUAAAAUAAUAGAGAGACAAAUUAAUUUAAAAAAUAACACAAUAAACGAUGACAAUAAUGAUGAUAGUAGUGGUUCUGAAACUUGCGGUAAUAAUCGUAAAAAUAAUCUAAAUCUAAAUCUUAACCUUGAUCAUAGUAAACUUAGUCAUGAUAGUAAUAACGUUGGUGAUUAUUAUUUAGACGAGUUGGAAAAUAUUAAAAAAGAAAUUAUAAAAAUUAAAAUAUUAAUCAAAUUAAUUAUAAUGUUUGUCAUAGCAUUAAUUUUAUUAAAUUUUAUUAUAAUGUUUAAAGCCAAUAAUAACUUUAUCAGAAUAUCCACCGAUUUUCUACCUUCACCUUUGUAA